AUGAACUGUAUGGGUUCUGUUCAGCUUGGCUUUUCGGGGACGUUAACAAGGGUAAAAAAUUUUGCUAGUUUUGAUGUUGCUGCAGUUGGACGGCCAAUUUUUAGUGCUGAACCCUAUGUUAAAAAUAAGAUGGUUAAGGCCAAUCAAUUCUUUUUUGAUGCUGUCACAUCAGUAGGAUUCUUUAGAAGCGGUCCAUGUCGAGGCGUCUAA